AUGGCUGAUUCGGCCAGGUCAUCGGACAAGAACCCCCGGUCCCCCUCCAAGUCCAAGGUCGUCCGCUCCCAGAAGAUCUCCGGCCCGGCACCCACUCCUCCGCCCGGCAUCGUCGGCGGCCUGCCCGAUGAUCUCGAGGAGCUGAGUGACGAGCGUGAUCUCGACCAACAUCGCCGCCUCCCUCCUGCUCCCGCUCCCGCUCCCGCUCCCGCUCCCGGUGGCACCCUCCCCCGUUCCCACACCCCCGGCCACCUUUCGUCAAAGAGCCAAGAUCGUCGCCGCAAGCCCUCCGACCUCUCCAUCCGUCAGCGUUCUCAGUCCGCCUCACAACCACCGCCUACCGUCCCUCCGACCCGCACCACGCCCACGAGCGCGAACCAUCCCAAACCUCUACCCUCUUCCUAUCGACCCACCGCCGACGCCGCCAACACCGCCAACACCAAUGACGGCUCCGAGUCAGCCGGAGGUCACGGCUCUGACCGCGACGGCCGCCGCCCUGUCGCCAUGCGCUCGACGUCCGCCAUAGCUGGCAAGGCCUCAAUACCUUCCUCGUCAACGACGACACGUCAGCUGUCAACUGCUGCCGCCGCUGCCGCUCGAGUUGCUGCUAGGGGGCAGCAUGUUCCUUUCCCUCCGCUACAGGAUCCCAAGACGGCCCCUGAUGUGCCUCCAGCCCCUUCGUCAGGCAUGUACUGGUCACGCGCGCCCGUAUCAGGUUCUCCUCAUACCUCCCUGCGAGCCCACACCACGACCCUGGUGGGUUCCAACAUCUUCGUCUUCGGCGGCUGCGACUCCCGCGCCUGCUUCAAUGAGCUCUACGUCUUUGACGCCGAUGCCUUCUACUGGUCCAUUCCCCACGUAACAGGCGAAAUACCAGUGCCUUUACGCGCCAUGACCUGCACAGCCGUCGGGAAGAAGCUGGUCAUCUUUGGCGGUGGUGAUGGGCCCGCCUACUACAACGAUAUAUACGUCCUCGACACGACAAAUUUCAGAUGGCACCGCCCCAAGGUUAUAGGCGAUCGUGUCCCGUCUAAGCGUCGCGCCCACACCGCCUGCCUGUACAAGAAUGGUAUCUACAUCUUUGGCGGCGGCGACGGGGUCCGCGCUCUUAAUGAUGUCUGGCGCCUCGACGUCAGCGACAUGAACAAGAUGUCGUGGAAGCUCGUCUCUGCCCCUGAGCGGGCCCCACCUCCGGGCGUUCGGGAAACCCGGCCGAAGCCCCGCGGCUACCACACGGCCAACAUGGUGGGCAGCAAGCUCAUCAUCUUUGGUGGCUCCGACGGUGGUGAGUGCUUCAACGACGUGUGGGUCUACGAUGUCGACGCCCACAUCUGGAAGGCCGUCUCCAUCCCCCAGACCUUCCGUCGUCUAUCGCACACGGCCACCCUUGUUGGGUCCUACCUCUUUGUUAUCGGCGGCCACGACGGCAACGAAUAUUCCAACGACGUCCUUCUCUUAAACCUCGUCACCAUGACCUGGGAUCGACGCCGCGUCUACGGUCUCCCCCCGAGCGGUCGUGGCUACCACGGCACCGUCCUGUACGACAGCCGCCUUUUCGUCAUCGGCGGCUUUGACGGCAGCGAGGUGUUUGGGGAUGUGUGGAUGUUGGAGCUUGCCGUGCACGCGUAUUAUUCCCAAAUCAGCCAUUUCACCAUCGAGGUUUGA